ACUGGAGAUUUGUGCGAGUCCCGAUCUAUUCCGUAGUCUGCUCCUUCCUCUCUGCUCUCAAACAGUUCUGAAGGAACAAUAAUCCAUGGCGCCCCCACCAGGACCUUAUUCUGGAACAAGCACCUUAGCUUUGGUCGCUCGGGCGUCUGCUUUCUCUUUUGGCGUCGUUUAUGGAGGCAUCAAGCUGAAGUACCUCAAGUUCAAAGCCAAAUCUCAUCAGAAGGCUGAAGCAAAGGCUCAUCACUGAAAGCUUUGAGAUGGACGUGACUCUGUUCACGGACUGAGGAGAAUGCAACAAUAAUUCAUGAGAAGAAACUGCAACAUGUUUCCCCCCAUUUUUUGGAAGCUUUAAGGAUUGAGCUUUGGAUAAUGCUAUAACAGUUGAAUUUAGGGAACCAUGAUAGAAUUACUCAAUAAUCGUGCUUUUUCGUUGUUAUAAUAAUUAGCCUGCCUGUUUCCAAGUUGUGAAUUUCUAUUGCAGACUUCUAUGAUGCCUUGUGCGUCCUGUACCUUUAAACUGGAAAAGAUGAAAUCGGUUUCUAACAUC